AUGUCUGAAGUCGAAAAUCCGGAAACGGUACCGGUGAAAUACACCCGUAGAAUCAAAAUGGGACGCUGUAAUUGUGUGAAGAACGAUGCGAAUCCAAAUCAACCCAUCGUGAAUCGACUUCCAGAACAAGGGAUUCUCGCCGUCAAGGUCGAGGAGGGAGUGCUUCCAAACUUCUGUUGGACGAAUCGAGCCACCGGUGAAGUCGGAUUGGAUAUUUCCGGUUCCACGCAGCAAAUCGAGCUCAGUCGAGUUCGGGACCCCGAUGGAGAGUGGGCGUAUCUUGUGAAGCACUUCGAGGAGAGACAUUCGGAAGGAGAGUUCUACGCAUUCUGGCUGCAGGAGACUGAAACGGAUAGGAAUACUGUGGAAGCUAUUCGUCGAGUAAUAGAAGGAGACCCAGCUACGCUUUUAGCAGAGGAACGCGAACGAGCCUCUGCGAGACUCCAUCGACUCUCUGAAGAAUCGACACCAUCUCCAUCCGUCGACGAGGCAGGCCCAUCUGAGCCUGCGCCUCGACUCGUUCCACAGCCACCCCGCGAGAACUUCCCACAUCCAAUCUCAAGAAGACCAGACCCGAUUACCGUCGACCAGCUAGCCGCAGAAAUUGUCGAUGGAGCCACAAAACAAGCGGUCUUCAUCCAACAGGCAGUAGAGAAUGCUGGUGUUGCAGAUCGACCACCUCAACCGAUCGUCGAGACACCAGCUUCGUCGGUUAUCGCCGACCGGUUAGCCGGAGAUAUUGUUGGCGAUGCCCCCAGACAAGCCGUUGCCAUCAAUCGGAUUAUGGGGAAUGCUGGUAUCGCAGAUCGGCCACCUCAACCGCUUGGCGAGUCUUCAGCAGCACCGAUCGUCGAGGCCCCAGCAUCGGCAAUUAUCGCCAACCAGUUAGCCGAAGAUAUUGUCGGCGAUGCCCCCAGACAAGCGGUCGUCAUCCAACGGGCAGUGGAUAAUGCUGGUGUCGCGGAUCGGGCGCCACAACCGAUCGUCGAGCCCUCAGCAGCACCGACCGUCGUGACAACAGCAGAGUCGAUUAUCGGCGAUCGGAUAUCAAAAGCAGUCGUCGUCGGGGCCCAAAGACAAGCGGCUAUCAUCAAUCAUAUCCUGGAAAAUGCUGGUGUCGCGGAUCGGCCACCUCAGCCGCUUGACGAGCCCUCAACAGCACCGAUCGUCGAUGUCCCAGCAGGACCGGUUGAGAAUGUCAAAGAUGAGGAGGAGGAGGAGCCACAGGAGACGGUGAAACCGCUGGCGAGAGCAUCCAGUCCGGGAGGAAAAAGAGGCCACAGUCCAGAUGAGCCAACUACUAAACGCAAUCGUCGAAACGAUUAG